UAGGGUCAGGAUACCGGAAAGCAUCAGCUUUAAAAUGUGGUCAGACCAGAUGCUGACUGGGCACUUCUGGGGUCUACCCUCCCCAUCGGGCUGUGUCUUUGGGCAGCAGCAGCCCCGGGGUCGCAGCCCCGGGGUCCCAGCCCCAUCAGACGGUGCCAUACUUUCUCCCGCCGUCUCUCCUAGGUCAGCAUGAGCUGGGUCUGCCUGGAAUCCCGCGGGGCCAGGCGCCUUGGCACGCGCAGCCCCGGCCCACCGCUCACCUGCCCGUUCCGCGAACUUCACCAGGAAGGUGACCUGGUCCCUGUGGUAGAGGGGCUGGACGGUGCACUCCCCGCCGCCGGACUGCUGGCUCUGGAAGUAGAUUUCCAGCUUCCAGCGUGUUCGACGGCUGGACUCGGACACCCGCACGAGCAGCGGGGACGGCGGGGAGAGGGCGGAGGCCAUGGCUCCGGGCUUGGGGCUCCGGGGGUUGGGGGGCAGCGGGUCCGACCCGCGCCCGGCAGUCCUGAGCCCUCAGAGUUUCAGUUUCGCUUUCCCCGAAAUCCCUCCCCGCGCCAGGCAGAGCCGCUCCCCUCCCCUCCCUUGGGCGCCCUUCCUGCGGCGGUCAGCCGGAAGCAGGCAACCAUACUGGGAAUAACAGUCUACACUGGGAAACGCCAAAUGGAGUGUAAACAUUUAAAGACCCCAGGGACUUGGAGAAUGGACUUUCCUGAGGGUUCCUAUGGAGCAGUGGCUCACCAAGAGACAUCAGAGAUGGCCACUCCUGAAGAAGACCACAGUUGGCAGAUUUUCAUUAAUCACAGUGACUUCACAAUUUUAAAAAACAAUAAGAGUCAGCUGUGUGAAGUCCUUCAGAAUAAAUUUGAGUGUGUCUGUACCCUGGUCUCUCCAUCCGUGGAAGGGAACAGUGAGUCUCUGCAAGUCUUCAGAGAAAUGCUAAUUCCUGGGCUGGAGUUAUCUGUUUGGAAGGACGACCUCACCAGACAUGCCGUUGAUGCUGUGGUGAAUGCAGCCAACGGAGACCUCAUUCACGGGGGAGGCCUGGCUCAGGCCCUGGUGAAAGCCGGGGGCUCUGAAAUCCAAGAGGAGAGCAGAAGAUUAGUUUCCAGAUUUGGUAAAAUACCAACUGGUAAAAUAGCUACCACAAAAGCAGGGAGACUUCCCUGCAAAUUAAUUAUCCAUGCUGUUGGGCCUCGGUGGAUAGCGAAAGAUUAUCAGACAUGUACCUAUAAACUGCAGAAGGCCAUUAUAAAUAUUCUGGAUUAUGUUACCUUUUACAAUCCAGACAUUGAGACAGUAGCAAUUCCAGCCCUCAGCUCUGGGAUUUUCCAGUUCCCUCUGGACUUGUGUACAGAGAUCAUUGUGAAAACAAUCAGCUUAUAUUACCAAGGGAAGCAACUGGUCACUAAUUUGAAAGAAAUUCACCUGGUAAGCAAUGAGCACCCUACUGUUGUUGCCUUUAAAAAUGCUUCAGAAGUAAUCCUAAGGACGAACAAGCUGGGAUCCCGGAUGAGUGAAGAAGCCACCCCUCCUUUCAAGACAGUUCUUGUGAACAAUGUGACUCUCCAGAUUGUCCAGGGUUACAUCCAGUUGCAGGAGGUAAGUAUUUGUUUCUGUCCUCUUGUACUGCCAAAGGAGGUCCCUGAACUGUUUAUGACCUAUCAGACGGAUGUAAUUGUUAAUUCUGUAAAUCCGCUCUAUGGUUUGGGAUUUGGAGAUGUGUCAAUAUCAAUUCUACAACAAGCAGGAAAUGAAAUGGAAUUGGAAUUUAAUGAAAAAAUUACUGAAAUACUAGAGUCUCAGUUGGUACUGGUCACAAGAGGAUUUCAAUUGUCCUGUCAGUACGUAUACCAUGUGUUGUGGGAUUCAGGACAUCACAAACUGACUGAGAUAUUGAGAAUUGCAAUGAAGGAAUGUUUGGAGAAAUGCCUUGAACUAAAUAAAACUUCUAUUUCCUUUCCUGCCCUUGGGACUGGAAACUUUGGUAUAUACAAGAGUGUAGCAGCCGAGAUUAUGUUUGAUGAAGUUUUAACUUUUGCCAAAUGCCAUUUGAAAAAGCAAUUAACUGUAAAGUUUGUGAUCUUUCCAGAAGAACUGGACACCUACGUGGCUUUCAGCACUGAAAUGGAAAAGACUAAAUUCAAGGUACAUGGUUUCAGUAACUACAAUGUCCCCCAGUUGGCCAGAGAGGAGAAAAGAGAAAAUGGGCUCCAAGCUAAGUCUCCUGCCAUCAGUCUGAUGGGAUCCAACCUGGAAAAGAUGAAGGAGGCCCAAGCGUGGAUCCAAAGGAUACUGACCCCCCAGGACCACCAUAUCAUUGAGAAUAAUCUUAUCCUCUACCUUGGGAAAAAAGAACAUGACAGUUUGACUCGGCUUCAGAAUACCUUGAGGGUCUCUAUCUCAGAGAUUAUCAGUCUGGAAAAGGCAACUUUAGAGAUUAAAGGAGCCCAAGCUGACGUCAUUGAGGCUGUUAUGAACAUUGAACAUAUGUUGUGUGAAGUUCAAGAGGAAGUGGCAAGAAAAAAGGAACUAGCCCUUUGGAGCUUGUCAGGGCAGUGGACUAAUUGGCAACCCCCAAACCAGGAUGAAAUGAAAAAGAAUACGUUUCUGAAAUGCCUAAAGCUUUCAACGGAGGAAAUUCAGGCUCAGAAGAAACAGUUUGAGAGCUGUGGUUUGCAGGUUAUAAAGGUGGAGAAAAUAGACAAUGAGGUUCUCAUGGCUGUCUUCCAAAAAAAGAAGAAAAUGAUGGGAGAGAGAACACAGGGGAAGCCUGUGAGCCACAGGCUGUUUCAGCAAAUUCCUUACCAGUUCUGCGAAGCCGUAAGCAGAGUUGGCUUUCAAAGAAUGUACUCGGCACCCUGCGACCAAAAAUAUGGAGUUGGUAUAUACUUCACCAAGAGCCUGAAAAACCUAGCAUACCGGGUCAAGGAAACAUCGGCCACAGACAAACUGAUAUACGUGUUUGAAGCUGAAGUACUCACAGGCUCCUUCUGUCAGGGUCAUCAGUUACAGAUCACUCCCCCACCAUUGAGUCCUGGAGACACAGACUACCAUGACAGUGUGGUUGACAAUGUCUCCAGCCCUGAAACCUUUGUUAUCUUUAGUAACACUCAGGCUAUGCCCCAGUAUUUGUGGACUUGCAGCCAGGAUCAUGUACAGCCACGGGAUUACUCGUCAAGACCAAGGAUGUGGUCUUCACAGCAGCCUAGAGCAAGAUUCUCAAGGGGUAGCUCUGUUGACUAAAUUCCACAUCAUUUUAACAA